UUUGCAUACUUUUUAGUUGACUAUAAAUAUAUUAUAAUUUAAAAAAAAAUAAAAUAGUAUCUACAAAAUUUAAUUAACGUAUAUAAUAUGAUUUGUAUAAACAAUCACAAAAAUAAAAUUUGGUAUUUCUUUUAAUAUUAAAAAAGGAAACUAAAACACUUUUUACUAUUAGCAUAUUUUUAUCUAAUAAUUAUAUAAAUAUUUUAAAAUAGCACAACUGUAGAAUAUAGAUACAUUUUGUGAACAAAAUAUUAUAAAAUAUUAAAUUUACUCUUAGCCUAAUAUUAGUCUGAUUUAUUUUGCUUUAUGUUUGUAGAACCUAAUAUAACCUAGUAAAAUUACCCUCACAAAUCGGAAUUCUCAUGUUUUAGCUUAUUUUAAAUUAAUUUUCACUUUGCCUUUUAAUAAAUCUAUUAUAUAUAAUUACUUAGAACUAUGAUGUAUUUUCAUUAUUGUAAAUACCGAUAUGUGCUCAUUAGAUUUCAAAAUUUUAUCAGUAAUGUUCAUUUAUGAAAUGUUAUAUUGAUCACAGGUCAUUUUUUUUCUAAUAAUUUCUUUAAAAAACAGCAUAUAUCAAAUUAUUAUAAUAUUACAAAAUAUACUUGUACAUAAAUGAAGAACUAAACUAAUACGAUAAAUAAAACUAAUACGAUAAAUAAAAAUAAUUUGAUUUGUCUUAAUUAAAAUAAAAAAAUAAUUAUACUUUAAUUCAAAAUUGCAAGAAUAUAUAUACAUAUAUAACUAAAUAUACUCAUAAAAUUAGUAACUAAAUUAAUCCAGUUUCUUAUAUCCAAAAUCAAAGAUCUAACUAAAAUAUUAAUAUACUAUUUUAUAAUAAUAUUUUAUUUAUUUUUCUAUAUAUAAAUUAUGAGAUGACUCGAAACAUAUUAAUUAGCAAAAAAAUAUAUUAAUUAAUGUUACAAUUUAGUUCUUGUAUAUAUAUAUAUAUAUAUAAUGCAAAAGAGUUCAGAUUAUUAUCUUUAUAAUCAUUUAUUUUAAUUUGAAUAGAACAUCUUAGAUCUUUUCUGUUUUGUUCUUAAAACAAUAUGUAUUGAGUUAUACAUAAUAUUGAUAAAAUAUGUUUACAUAUCUAAUGUAACAAUCAACCUAAAUGCAAAUAACAAAAUUAAUCAAAAAUAUAAUUUAUUUUAAACUUUAAUUUGGAGAAGUAGAUAGAUUUGGACAUUCGGAUCUUUGGGUCUGGUUUGGUUAGUGCAUAUCGGGUCCGGAUCUUUCGAGUCCUAGACAGUUGUUCCUAACUAGUCCGACUAGGUAUUUAAUAAUUUUCAGUUCGGUUUGAUCCCUUUCAUGUUCGGGUUGGUUCGAGUCCAUAAGUAAAAUACAUGUAGUCUAUGUUUUCCCAAUUGACACUCUUCAACUUGCAUCCAUUUAAGCGGAAUCUUGGAGAAAAGCUAAAGAAAAAGAGGAAGAGGACAAGGAUCAUGAGGACCCUCCUACUUCAGAGGUUCAGACAGUGCCCCCUUGGAUAUUUCGAUAUGUACCUGCCAAAUUGAUACUUCAUUGAUUGAUAAUAGCAAUGUAGUGGCUUAGGGUGGGUUCGAAUCUUUCGGAUUACGGGUGUGCAACAGAAGCCUCUCAGAGAUGGAAAGUUUAUUAUGGGCAACUCCAUGCAUGAGAGACAUGAGGAUAACCUCGAUCCGGUUCCAGACAAACUGAUUAGAUCUAUUGGAUAUGACUGCGAACCCGAUGGAUUGGCCAGCAUUCGCAUCGAAAAUUGAAUUGUUCCAUAGACUACAGGAGGACUUCGAGACCGUGAACCUGACUCAUAUUCCUCCAAGUAGGAAUGUUUGGACGGAUUCAAAGCAAGAACCAGAGGUUGUAUUUUCUCCCAUAUAGAUUAAACAUGGACAUGCAGAAAUGUUCUUCGGAAAGUCGGUACGUUUGACCACCACGUGAUCUAGUUUAAACGGGAAAGAAAUAAGAGAAGGCAUGGGGAGCAGCAACAUCCAUAUAGUCUGUUGAUAAAGACAAUUGAUAAGACUGUGACGAACAGAUUAUCUACCAUUAGGCGCCAGGGUGAUCAAAAGAUGGAGGAGGGCCUUAGAAUUUGGUUUGGAACAAGAUGAUAUGUAAAGAGGAGUUUAUACUUUCUUUAUCAUUCUAACUCAUAGUUACAUCAUAUGUAAAACAGUUUUUUGGAUGAAUAAAAUUUAACAUUUAUUCAAAAAAAAGAAUGGCCUCUAGUCAAUCAAAAAUAUUUAAAUCAACAUAAAAAGGAGAACUAAAAAAAACAAAACUCGAACAAGUUAAUGACUCACACAAACUCAACAACAACUACAUUGAUCAAAAGUACAAAAGCUCAAUCAAGUAAUUCUUAAGAAUAAGGAUGACCUCUUCUCGGAUCCUACCUACUUUUGAAGCUAAGCAGGAAAUCUUCAAUAUAUCACAUCAAAGAUAUAUACAAGUUUCCAUCAAUUUUUGUUUGUCAUAAAAUGCAUCAUCUUUUGAUAUAAGACUUUUCUCUCUAGAAAAAGUACUUCUUUGUAUAAAAAGUAUGGUGAAAAUGAAACUCUACUUCUCUUCAGAUUUAGACUCAACAUUUGGAGUCCAUAAUAACUGGACAUGAUGUAGGAAGCAAUGAGAUCUAUUGAUGAUGGUUUAUGUAUAUUUCUUGGCCCCGUAUCAUUUCAUGGUCUAAAAAGGACAAUCCACACAGUCUCACAUGUUCAUCUCUUUAUGCUUCAAACUGGGGGUGAAUUAUCCACCCACUUUAAAUGUGAAAUUUUAUAAUAACACUAUAACCAAAAGCCUCCACUUUAUCAAGAAAUUCUAAUUCAUCAUCAGAAAUGCAAAGUGGGUUAACCAAAAAAAUAAAAGCCCAAUAAACAUUAAUAAUGGUUAUAUUGACCAAAAGUACAAUUUUAUCCAUACAAAACUAGUACAACGAGUACGACAAAAACACCUCAUCAAACACAUAUUUCAAAAUAUUUAUGUUUACUCUUGAAUUAUAAACUUUGAAUUGGAAUUGACACAUGUCAUCUUUCUAUAUUGUUUUGUAAAUAAAUCGAUAUACUCGAAUCUAACUAUAUAAAUAAGAAUGUAAAAUUAGAUUAUUUUCUUUAAAAUCUACAACGGUUACAUUGACCAAAAGUAUAACAUCUUAUCCACACAAAACUAGUAUAACGAGUACGAGUAAAACACGUCAUCAAACGAAGAUUGCAAACAGAUAUGGUUUACUCUCGGAUCAUGAAUCUUGAGUUGGCAUUGACAUAUAUCCUCUUUGUACUUAUAUAUAUAUAUAUAUAUAUAUAACAAUUUACUCGAAUCUAACUAAAUAAAUACAAAGAAAUCUUAAAUAAUUUUCUUCAAAUCUUUUCAUCCUUUUUAAGUUUUUUAUGGUAUCAGAGCCAUGAAUGAUUUUUCCAAUUUUUUCUCUGCUUAGAUACCGAUGGUUCGUCUUAAAUAUGUUAUAUGUCCAGAGACGACCAACUGAAAAAAAAAUCUGCAAUUGACAACAUGAAAUCUUAAUAAUUGGAGUCUUUUACUUGUUUAGAUUUGAUUUGUGCAAGCCAAUUUUUGGGUAAAAAUAUCUUCAAAUAGCAGUGCAUUAAUCUGAAGGAUUUUACUAGCAACAGCCAUUGAAAAAGUAAAUUUUUUUCCAAAGAGAAGUGUCAUGGCUGAAGAGAUGAAUAUCGGUCAGCUGGAUGAAAAUUUGAUUCUGAAAAUCCUUUCUUUAGUUCCAAUAAAAACUGUCGUGUCAACGAGUGUCUUGUCUAAAGAAUGGCAGUCUCGUUGGAAGUCGGUGCCAAAACUGAAGUUUAAUUCUGAGGACUACCAGAGUGAACACCAAACAUUUUCAGAGACUGUGUACAAGUAUCUCCUUUCAUAUGAAGCUGAGGUUCUAGAUAGUUUUCAUCUCAGCUUUGGAUCAGAUAAAGCUGAUGCAGUAGAUGUUGUACAUUGGAUUAAAACAGCGUUUGCUCUACAUUUGCGUACAUUGGUACUCGAAUUUCUCAUCUAUCCAUACGAGGUCGACGAGUUCAUAUUUACGAGUAGCUUGUGUACUUGUGAUACACUAGUGACUUUGAAACUCGGAAGUCUGAUUCUUGUAGAUAUCCCUGCACCGGGUUCGAUGAAGUCUCUUAAAACGCUGCAUCUUAUUCAUGCGUUCUACACAAACGAUGAUUCUAUCUGUAACCUUUUAUCUGGCUGUCCUAGACUUGAAGAACUCGUUGUGGAACGAUCUUGUGAAUACAGUGUGAAAUUUUUCACUAUCAAAGUCCCUUCUUUGCAGAUAUUAAAAAUUUAUGAUGACAAUGAUGAGGACGAGUUCGUUGGAUAUGUGAUAGAUACUCCUUCUUUGAAAUACUUAGAGAUUGGAUACUUAGGAUGUCCACAGUUUUCUCUGAAUGCACCGGGCCUGGUGGCGGCAUAUAUUGGUAGCGUUUCUAAUGUAAUCAGUGAAUCUCUCGUUUCAGUCAGACGUCUUGUCUUGAAUGUAUCAACUUCGAUGACUAUAUAUCCUCCUACUGGAUGUAUCUUCUAUCAACUGGUGUAUCUACAGAUAUAUACGCAUGAACCAGGCUGGUAUGAUCUACUUACGUGGAUGCUCGAACAUUCACCGAAACUACAAGUUCUGAAGCUCGUUGGUAAAUAUUGGAUUAAUCCUGACUAUCAUGUUCUCGGCUGGGAAUGGAAUAAGCCAAAGUCUGUCCCUGAAUGUUUGUUGUCACAUCUAGAGACAUUUGUGUGGAGAAGAUACGAUUGGAAAGGAGAAAAGGAAGAAGAAGUGGCUACAUAUCUUCUAAAGAAUGCAAGAGGGUUGAAGAAUGCGACUUUCUCUACAGGUCCCAUUGAACCGGGCCAGCUUGACAAGUUGAAACAGAGAUGUAGGACGCGCAAAAAAUUGGAUGGUGUGCUGAAGGCUUCUAAUACAUGCCACCUUGUGUUCAAGUUUGAAUGAUUUUUAUUAUGUAUUGGACUCUGCUAUACUUACAAUAUAGAGAGUGAACAAAAUAUGGUGAUUCUAGACUUUUUAAAACAGCUUUCUCAAUUUUAUUCCUUUUGCUUUUGAUUUUGCUAUGAUGAUGCAUUCUUAUAUACAGUAUAACCUCUUUAAACUAAUGCUCUAUAAAUUAAUAUACACUAAAAAUCUCUAUAAAAUAAUAUAAUUUUAUAGUUCUAAAUUGAGCUUUUGGUUCAAUUAGUAUAUCGAUAAAAUAAUAUCUCUUUAAAUUAAUAAAAAAUUAUAGUUUUGGUGUAGUCCAAACAUUAUUAAUUUAUAGAGGUUUCACCUUUUUUUUUGAAUUGAAUGUUAAAUUUAAUUCAAAGAAAAAAAGACUGUUUUACAUCAUGUGUGACCAAAGCUAAAGAUUAUAAACCUCUCCUCCUUUUUUAAUCUAUGAACUCAAAGAAUUUCAAGUCUAUCUAGAGCCAAACCAAAAUGUCAUUCCUUCAGCCAACUCCUUAUCUCCUCUUCUUUGCAAAGUGGUGAAUCUGUUUCUCAUGUUCUUGUCCGGUCUCUUAGUCAAGACCACACUUGGAGACGGGAGUUCAUUGUGUUUCCUUCGGUUCCUUUCCAUCCAAAUAGCAUGAACUGUCGACUGCAGUAUGUAUCUUGAUACAAAGAUUUUAACCUUACUCCAGUUUGAGAAGACUAGUUAUCGUUUCCCACUCCAUAGUGAAUUGACUCUCCAUCACCCCUUUCAUUAAGGCUUCCCAUAUAUGCGCUGAGUAAAGGGCACUUGAAAAACAAAUGAUCUGCAGUCUCCAAUGGUUCUUGGCACAGAACACAUGAUGCAUCAACAUUAAUGUUCCAAUCUCCCGUCGAUAGUCUACCCCGCAUCGCCAUCCAAGUCACAAAGGAGUACUUCGGGGUAGCAUGUUUGAACCACACAACCGAAGACCAAGAACAUAAUAGGUGCUUCUCUCUGAUACAACUCCACGUCUCACUUGUCAAGAACCUUUUCUUGUAUUUUCCUUUUUCAUUCUUCCAUAACGAUAUGUCUUCUUCUUGUGACCAAUUCUCUUUAAUUGAAACUCUAUGACGCCUCCUCCUAUGACUCCUACUAGCCUCCACAAUCGCAUUCACCAGUAUGCCCAUAUCAAUAUGACCUCUACCUCGCAACACAUCUUCCAAGCAUCCUAAUGGAGACCAAGCUAAAUUACAAAAUAACAACUUAUGGGUCAGAAACAUUUGGGCUUAUAAUUUUGUCACAAAAACCCAAAUAAAAUCUUUUUAAAAGGCUCAAAAUAUAAUUAAGUAUUCUAUAUGGGUUUCUAUUCAAUCGUAAUAAAAAUUGUGGAAAAUUUUAAAAUUAAAAGAUCAACCUAGGAAACAUGUUAUUUUUGUGGCUCUUACCCUCUUUCAUGCAACUUGAAUUUUUUUUAAAAAGAAAAAUUAAUUUUCUUUUUUAUUUUAGAAAAUUAUGAAAUAAAACCCAACAAAAUAUAUUUAUUUUAUACACCAAAGAUAAAACGAAUUUAAACAAACAAUUUUAAGAGUUAAUGUGUAUUACAUAAAGUCCACUAUAUUUCCCUUUUAUAAAAUAUAUACUUUUAAGUUCUAUAUAAUACACUUUAUAUUAUACAAAUGCAAAAUACAGUUUCAUAAUUUUAAUAAUUCAUUUUUAUAUAUCAUUUUUAUAUUUAUCUCACCCCGCCCCGCGCAGGGCGUGGGUCUAAUCCUAGUAUAAACUAUAUCAAUUGAAUUUCCAACUUACUUUAUUGUCAUAAACCAUAUUAUAAAGUGUGUACCGAGUAGAAAAUAAAAUAAUGUUCGGGAGAUGAUGCUGUUCAGGAGUGUGCUGCCUAUGCAUUUGUUUUAGAAAGUAUUGGAGCACAAAUUAAGUGAUUUAUGUUGCAGAGAUGGUCAAAAUCUGUUGAACAAAAAAAACAAAAAGAUGGUCAAAAUCUAAUCUUUAACAUUUUCCCCAAAGCUUAGUGGAAAGCCUUUAAGUUCUCUCUGCACGUGACCCUUCUGGUUAUUAUUCUCAUAUAAGCAUAAUCUUCAUUCUUUUUUAGAAUCCAAUUGAGGAAAUGAAACGAAGUAUGAUGAAUGUUAUCAUAUUCAACAAUGCAAAAAAUCAGCUAAUCAGAACCAAAUAGCGGUUUAGGUGAAAAUAUGGAAAAUCAUAGCAAUGAUUUAUUGAACAAAAGAUGGAGACUUCUGAGUGAAAAAACAACAAUGGAAAAUUCCAUUUCUUUCUUUUAGUAAGCAGAGAUUUAAAAAGGAGAACUCUCAUUCUUCAACUGGCCUUUGACCCAACACAGAUAUGUCUUCAUACCGUUUCUGCACCAUGACAAACAAUAAAAUAAGAUUAUGUACAUAGACAUUAUACAGAAACAUGAUUACGAAGUUAUGUGAUUUAACUACCUAGCAGCAGAUAUAUAACCUUGUUUUACAAAAAAAAAAAAAAGAAGGUGAACCAGAGAUUUAUUACUCUAAAAUAAGCAUUCACCUAGUAACCAGUAAAACUAAAAAGAAACA